GAGGGACUCGGACUCGGGAGCUCGGCUCGGCUCACUGAGGCAGGUUUCGCCUUUCAGCACACACCAGCCAGCGGCUCCAAACUCCCCUAGAACCCGGGCCAGGCGGCCGUUUGGGACCCCCGCGGACCGCAGCGCUCCCGGACCGCGUCGGAGCGCCGCUCCGGCCACUCGCAGUGGAUUUUAUCGGGACUUUGUGGAUGUGGGAAUGCUUUCUCCUCUGCUUUUCCGUGGUAUGUGGAUCUGGGAGCGACCAUGUUAUUAGGCAGGUGAUAAACGGAGAAGGCGGCUGAUCUGUGCCAGCUUAAAGAAGACCUUGGACAGAAAAGAAGAAAGAUACACAGAGACGCACACAGAGUUGGAGGAGGGGGCAUUCAGUAGAAACGGGGGUAAACAAGGAUGAAAGUGCCUCUGUACCACUGACAAGCAGAACUGGAAUGAUAUCGUGACCUUAUUUUCCCUGAAAGUGACCAAGUUAGCAAUGAGUGGGGGGAUAUAAUGGCCAAGAACAAGGAUGCACGCCCCCCGACAUUCGCCGUCAGCGUGGUUGGCCUCUCGGGGACGGAGAAAGAGAAGGGAAACUGCGGCGUGGGCAAGUCCUGCCUGUGCAAUCGCUACAUACGCCCCGAUGCGGAUAACUACUACGUGGAGCACACCUCGGUGCUCAGCACGAUAGACUUUGGGGGACGUGUGGUCAACAAUGACCACUUCUUGUACUGGGGGGAGGUGUCCCAUCGAGGGGAUGAGGGCCUGGACUGUAAAAUUCAAGUCAUCGAGCAAACGGAGUUUAUCGACGACCAGACGUUCCUCCCGCAUCGGAGCACAAAUCUUCAGCCGUACACCAAACGGGCGGCAGCCACCAAGCUCCAGUCGGCGGAGAAGCUGAUGUACAUCUGCACGGAUCAGCUGGGCUUGGAGCAGGACUUCGACCAGAAGCAAAUGCCCGACGGAAAGCUGAACAUAGAUGGCUUCAUGCUUUGCAUCGACGUCAGCAAGGGUUGCAAUCGCAAGUUCGACGAUCAAAUGAAGUUUGUAAACAGCCUUUACUCUCAGAUCGUCAAAGCCAAGAAGCCAAUUGUUGUUGCCGCCACAAAAUGCGACGAGUGCGUGGAUCAGCACCUUAGGGACCUUCAAGCCUUCGUUGCCAGCAAGAAGAACCUGAUGCUGAUUGAGACGUCGGCCCGUUCCAACGUCAACGUAGAGCUUUGCUUCAACGCCCUCAUCCAGCAGCUGGAUAAAACGAGAGGAAAGCCAAAAACUGUGCCAUACCUGGAGGCCUAUAAGAUACAACGACAGCAGGUUGCCUCUGUGACGGACAGAUUCGAGAAACUCAUGGUACACACGGUGAGGGAUUAUCACACCACAUGGAAAACGGUAGUGAAUAACAUGAAAGGCCAGUCUGACUAUGACGAAUUCAUUACCUUGGAGGGCUCCCGAAAGGCGCGCAACAUGUUCACAAAGCACAUUGCACAACUGAAGCAGGAGCACAUUCGCAGGAGGAAGGAGGAGUACCUCACGACACUGCCAAAAACCCUCAACAACCUCCUCAACAACCUGGAGGAGGUGGAGCAGCUUUCGUGGCCGGAGGCGCAGAGCAUCAUCCGGAACCGGCCUGAUUUCCAGUACUGGUUUGUGAUACUGGAACAGACGCCAUGGGACGAGUCGGACCACAUCAAUACCAGUGACCGCAGGAUACCCUUUGACCUCCUCGACACACCCGACGGUGAGAGAAUCUACCACAACCACGUCCAGCAUUUGCUUUCAGAAAAAAGACGAGUAGAAAUGAAAGAGAGGUUCAAGAAGACGCUAGACAGAGUGCACUUCAUCAGCCCCGGGCAGCCCUGGGAGGAGGUCAUGUGCUUUGUAAUGGAGGAUGAGGCCUACAAGUACAUCACAGAAUCAGAUAGGAGGGAUGUUUAUUGUAGACACCAGCAGGAAAUAGUCGAAAGGGCCAAGGAGGAUUUUCAGGAAAUGCUUUUCGAGCACGCUGAGCUCUUCUAUGACUUGGACCUUAAUGCAACGCCCAGUUGCGACAAGAUGACUGAAAUACACAGCGUGCUGAAUGAGGAACCCAGAUACAGAGCGCUGCAGAAACUUGCCCCAGAUAGAGAGUCGCUCCUCCUCAAACACAUUGGCUUUGUUUACCAUCCCACUAAAGAGACAUGCCUGAGCGGGCAGAACUGUGUGGAUCUUAAAGUGGAGCAGGUUUUAGCAAACAGACUGGUCCAGCUUGACCAUGGCCGCUCGAACCUCUACUACAACAGUGCCAACAUCGAUAAAAUCAACCUCUGCCUCCUGGGAAAGGAGGGCCUUUCACAGGAACUGGCUAACGAGAUCCGAGCUCAGUCUACAGAUGACGAGUACACCCUGGAUGGUAAAAUUUAUGAGCUGGAGCUUCUCCCAGUAGAUGUGAACUCCACGCUGCUCUUCAGCCACACGUGGGUCACAACUUUCAAGCCGCAUGGUUGCUUCUGCGUAUUCAACUCCAUAGAGUCUCUGAACUGUAUUGGCGAUUGCAUAGGCAGGAUCCGAGCAGAGAUAGCUCAGAGUCGGCGAGACAGAUUUGCUCAGCCUCUGCCUUUUAUCCUCAUUCUGGCAAAUCAGAGAGACAGCGUUUGCAAAAACAUACCAAUCCUGAGGCAUCAGGGUCAGCAGCUGGCAAAUAAGUUGCAGUGCACCUUUGUCGACAUCCCCUCUGGGGCGUUUCCACGCAAGUUCACUGAGUUCCAGAUCAAACAGGGGCUUCGAGCGGUGUUGGAGGGGCUUAAGCAUAACUUUGACGUCUUAGCCCCACUGCCGUGCAUCAAAGACAUGUCGGAGACCGAUCUGAGAAUAGUCAUGUGUGCCAUGUGCUGGGAUCCCUUCAGUGUCGACCUCAUCCUCUCACCUUUUCUCGACUCGCAUUGCUGCAGCGCUGGGCAGCCGGGUCAGCCCAACACGCUGAUCCUGGACAAGAUCAUCGGGGACAGUCGGAGGAGGAUCCAGGUCACCAUACUUUCUUACCACUCUGCUAUCGGAGUCCGCAAAGAUGAACUGGUGCACGGCUACAUUUUAGUUUACUCUGCCAAGCGCAAGGCCUCCAUGGCAACCCUGCGGGCGUUCCUCGCUGAAGUCCACGAUGUGAUCCCAGUCCAGAUGGUGGCAAUCACUGAUAGUCAGGUUGAUUUCUUUGAGAAUGAUGCCAUCAAGGAGCUAAUGACAGAAGGGGAGCACAUUGCCACAGAGAUCGCCGCCAAGUUCACGGCUCUGUACUCGCUGUCGCAGUAUCAUCGUCAGACAGAGGUAUUCACGCCCUUCUUUAACGAGGUUUUGGAGAAGAAGCCCAGUAUCGAGAGCUCAUUCCUGUUCGAUAGCUCAUCAAGAGAGUGCACCACUGGAGCCAGCGAAGAUGUCUUCCCCACCUCGCCACAUAGCCACUCCCCAGCCUACAACACCUACAAUUACCCAGAGUCUGACGACGACAAUGAGGCCCCCCCACCUUACAGUCCAAUCGGGGACGAUGUUCAGCUGCUCCCAACGCCCAGUGAGCGAGCAAAGUACCGGAUUGACCUUGAGGGGAAUGAGUACCCACUCCAUAGCACGCCUGUCGGAGAACAUGAACGCAACCACAAAGUGCCUCCACCUGUCCGGCCCAAGCCUGUACUCCCCAAGCCUAACGUCAAAAAGCUGGACCCUAACCUUCUCAGAACCAUCGAGGCCGGCAUGCGGAGCAACCGCAGGAUGCCACGUGGCCCGACUACGCACACAGAGGAAGUGGAGGCGUCCGAUAACUAUGCAGACCCUGUGGACACCCUGUUCAGAUCCAGAGGUUUCCACAACGACGACAUUUACGCCGUGCCCGAAGACUCCCACAGUCGCUUGGUCAAAAUCCGCAACUCAUUCGGCGGGCUGCACAGCCUCCACGGAGGAGGAGGAGAGGAAGAGAACGGCUUUGACAGGAAGUUUCAAGCCGGCAGGCGGCCAUCAAAAUACAAGCAUCGCUCUAAAAUCCUGUUCAGUAAGACGAAGGCUUACCAAAGACGCUUCCACUCCGACAGUGAUGGCGAGGAAUCUGGCCCUGCAACACAAAAAAAGAAAAAGGGAAGAGCCCACCGAGGCAGUGAGGAAGAUCCACUGCUCUCCCCCGCCGACCCUUGGAAGGGCGGCAUCGAUAACCCCGCCAUCACCUCGGACCCCGAGCAGGAGGACAAGAAGAUGAAGAAGAAGAAGCCUAAGAUGCCAAAGGAACCCAAGAAACCCCGAGCCAACAAACCCGCCAAGCCUCUCUACCCGCCCACCCGCCGGACCUGGGAGAGCAACUACUUUGGCGUUCCGCUGCAGAACCUGGUCACCCCCGAGCGCCCCAUCCCACUCUUCAUCGAGAAAUGUGUCGACUACAUCGAGCGCACAGGUUUGACGACGGAGGGCCUGUAUCGCGUCAGCGGGAACAAGACGGACCAGGACAACAUCCAGAAACUGUUUGACCAAGAUCACAACAUCGACUUCGUGGCGAUGGACGUGGCGGUGCACGCCGCCGCCGGCGCGCUGAAGGCUUUCUUCGCCGACCUGCCCGAGCCGCUGAUCCCCUACAGCCUACACCCGGAGCUGGUGGAGGCCGCAAAAAUCAUGGACUACAUCGAGCGUCUGCAGGUCCUUCGCGAAAUCGUGAAGAAGUUUCCUCCGGUCAACUACCAGGUCUUCAAAUACAUCAUCACUCACCUGAACAGGGUGAGCCAGCACAUCAAGACCAACAUGAUGACGGCCGACAACCUCUCCAUCUGCUUCUGGCCCACGCUGAUGCGCCCGGACUUCGAGAACAAGGACACGCUGUCCACCACCAAGCUGAACCAGGCGGUGAUCGAGUCCUUCAUCCUGCAGAGCGACUACUUCUUCCACGGCGGCGAGGUGGCGGAGAGCUCCAGCAGCGAGGGCACGCCGCCGCCGCACUGCCACAACAUGGUGGAGGCGCUGCUGCCGCUGCAGCUGCCGCCGCCGCUGCAGCCGCAGCAGAUCCAGCACGCGCUGCCCCCCGACCCCCUCAUAUAACCACGCCGGCAGGGGAGGGGGGGUGCAGCGAGUCUGAGGAGUGACGGCCGCACGCCGUCGGCGUUUUUUCCCCGUUUUUGGCACAUCCGGGGGCCGAAUCCAGCCCCCCCUCCCCCCCUUUCCCUCUACCCUGAUGGAAUAGCACACUGUGGGCGGUCCCUGAGUCCCCGCCCCCUUCUAUAAGCCCCGCCCCUCCCCUCUGACUCGGAGAGCUUAUUAAAAAAAGGGAAGUGAAAUCCUCUCCGAGCGACUGAUGGCGAGUCUUCCUCCGGCGGGUUUCUUCUUCUUCUUCGUUGGUUUGACCUCUUGACCUCAUACAGGCGACGGAGGCGGAGCUCCAGCUUGAACCCCCAUCCCCCCUCCCCCUCUCCCUCCCACCCGUGAACUCUGACCCCUGUGAACUGACAGCACAUGCACGCUUCUUCAUGUCGAAGGUCGACGCAGCGAUUUCAUUUCAUUUCUUUCCAUUUGUUUGUUUGUUUGUUUGUUUGUUGACGAGGACACACCCACUUUGGAAGAGGCCACUCAGAAGGGAACGAACUCCACCAACUCUCUGUGCGCGAGAGAACUGAACUCCGAAUGCAACACCCCUCCCAACCACCCCUAAUUACCCCCCUCCCCCCCCCCCCCCCUCGACUGACGGCACAUGAGUGAGGAAACCACUAACGUCGCGAUGCGUUUACUUCCCCCUCGUUUUUCCCGGUUGUUCUGUUUGUUUUCCACUUUUCGUUGGGAGCCUUCGCAUGUCUCUCUCUCUCUCUCUCUCUCUCUCUAAACGUAAAAUCUUAAAAAGCGGAAGCGAGGAAGAGCUUCGCCUCAUUUCAUUGAAAAAGGGGGGAAACGUUUCCCCCUCCUCUCGUUUCCUCUCACUGUCAUGCAGGAAAUCAACUCUUAAUAUCAUAUUUUUGGUUACACGUCGAAUAGUUUUCCCUAAAAAAGAAAAAAAUAGAGGAAAGAAGUAUAUAUAAGUAUAAAUACAUAUAAAUCUCUAUGAAUUUAUGGCGGUGUAGUGAACGACCGCGGGGUACUGGACUAUAACCUGUCAGAAGAUAUAAUCAUCUUUCUCUGUGGCUCAUGGCCGACGUGAGGCCGUCUGCUUUUCCUGACGGCGAGUGGAUGAGCGAGUGUGUGUGGAGACGAGGAAGAGGAGGAGGAGGAGCGAGGAGGAAGAAUGAUUGGAAACCGUCUCAUCUGGACAAGUGGCAACAGUUCCACUGAAGCAGGUGUCAAAUUACAGCCUCCGGUGCUUCAAAGUGACGCAAAACCAGCAGCGGUAUAAUGUGAAUAUUUCUCUUUUUCUUGACACACAGUCUGCUCGGGUUCGGCGUCUCCCACGACUCGAGGCUCCGUUUCUGAGCAGCUCCGCUCAGAUUUCAUCCCCUCCCUUCACUUUUGCAGGAAUUCUUGCAUCGCUUCAAUUAAAUCCACGUCUUUUUCCCCACAAGUGCACCAAUCUGAGGAAAUGGGAUGUUUUUGGUUGUUAAAAACAUCAAAUUUACACCAAAUUGCCAAAUAUUUGCUCUUUGCAACUCUCAAAUGGGACAUUUGUGCAAUUAAUAACCAAAUCAUUUCAAAUAUUAGAGCAGCUGCAGCAGCUUUUUUCAUCAAAUUGUUCUUUAAAAAGAAAAGUGAGAAUCUCUUUAGAAGCUGUGAAAUUAAACUUAAAGAAAAAAGAAUGCAAAAAAAAAACAACUUCAUGAGCUAUGAAAGAGGUGAAACCUUCUCAGAAGAUCAUUUAAGAUUUGAGCCUCGAACACACCGCAGCUGCUUUUUACGACACUUUGAACGCCUCGCGAAGCCGACUCGAGUCUCAAAAAGUUGGCGCAACGUUUUCAGUUUGACAUUUCUUCGAUUUCCUGAACAAGAAUCACGUUUCGCCACUAGGGGGCAGAACAGACAUUCAUUUAUUUCUCAGCCGUGGAGAUAUGACCAUGAAACGUCUUGUUUUAAAAUUCAGAGCGAAUAAUAAUUCAUUAGCGCCGCAUGCUAAUAGAAUACUACGACCUUUCUGAAACUGGCUUUGAACGUAUUUUUUUCUAUUUUGAUUCCUGAAAGAAGCGAGUUUGGAAUGAAAGCUGAGACAAGUUGCUGAAACCGACCCGAUCCUGAUCUGAUCCGACUCCUCGUCCUCCUCCUUCUUCUUCUCCUCGUUUUUUUAACCUCUGGGCUCGGGGUGGGGGGGUGGGGGGGGGGCUUCAGCAGCUGCUAGAUGAUAAAAGAUUGAAGCUGUUCGUCUGUAGUUUUUCCAUCAGUCAACAGUUGUUUGUUUUAAUAAUUUUUUUUGUUUGUUUGAACUGGGAUCUGCUCUCAUCCUGUCACACCGGUGUACAAACCACGCCCACUUUUAACAUCCGCUGUGUAUUAUAGUAAAUAAACAUGAUUUUCAGAAAUGGAA